CACCCCCAUGCAAAACCCUCCAUAAAAACCCACAACAAUACAAUCCAAAAACUGAAAUUAUCUCCCAGUUUUUCGAUAUAUACAUUCUUAUUCUCAUCCGUCGCCAUGCACAGCCCAGAGCUCGGCGACUACAUUGGUGUGGAGAGUUGCGUCGAUCUGAAACCCGAUGUAGCAGACGGCUGCCCAUGGCACAGCGGAGGGGGACGCGCCGUGACGAGACGCCGGAGGCGGAGGGAGGUGGUGGAGAAGGAGUACCCGCCUCCGAUUCCGGCGCUGGUCCGCACCGAGAAUCUGCCGCCACACAUGCCGUGGGUUAUGAAGAGGUACUACACCAGUGAUGGCAGGUUGGUGAUCAAGGAGGAGAAAGUGAAGCGCCACGAGUACUUCGAGGCGUACCGGUCCAAUGGGCGCCUCGUACUGACUCUGAUCCCCCUCGGCGACGUCAUGGAGGAGACCUGCAGCGCCGGAGAAUUAGCGGCGGAGUUCUUGGAUGAUAUGUCAGCUCCCGACGAGGAAAUUAGCGGUGGGGAUAAUCAGGGUGUCAGUGAUCCGACGGUUGAGGAGAAGAUUCCUGAGUGCUAUAAGUAUACGGGAACGACAAUUAAUCCUUGCGGUGGAUUUGGGGUGGCGACGGCGGCGCCUCCGCCGUUAAGGCCGCCGGUUCGUACUUAAGCUAUUGCAUUAAUUUAAUUUCAAUCUUUUUUAUUUAUUUUUUU